AAUUUAUAGGCCACAAUAUAUACACUACAUUGGCCAAAGUAUUGGGAUAACCCUCCAAAUCAUUGGAUUUUGGUGUUCUAAUCACCUCCAUGGCCACAGGUGUAUAAAAUCAAGCACCUAGGCAUGCAGACUGCUUCUACAAACAUUUGUGAAAGAAUGGGUCACUUUCAGGAGCUCAGUGUAUUCAAUCGUGGUACUGUGAUAGAUUGCCACCUGUGCAAUAAGUCCAUCCAUGAAAUUUUGUUGCUAUUAAAUAUUCCAAUGUCAACUGUUAGUGGUAUUAUAACAAAGUGAAAGCAACUGGGAACAGCAGCUACUCAGCCACGAAGUGGUAGGCCACAUAAAAUGACAGAGUGGGGUCAGCGCAUGCUGAAGCGCACCGUGCGCAGAAUUCACCAACUGUCUGCA